GAUUUCCUCGUAAGCCGGAUGUGAUCGAGCUGAAGCCGCCGGCGCCUCUUCCCGCGGACUCGCUCUCCCUUUGGAUCAGCGAAAGGGAGCAUUUCCAACCCAGUAGAUAUGGCGGAUUGGCACGCACACUUUCAGAAUGAAGAUGAGGAAGAUGCAGAAGAGGCUGAGGAUAACGAAGAGGAUAUUAGAUACGUUGGAAGAGACAGUUUAAUAUUCCUCAUCGAUGCCUCAGAAGCCAUGUUUGAAAUGAACGAUGAGAACACUUCAGCUUUCGACAUGACUAUUCAGUGUGUUCACAGGGUAUACACCAGUAAGAUUAUCAGCAGUGAACGUGAUCUCUUGGCUGUCGUCUUCUUCGGGACUCAGAAGCACAAGAACUCGGUAGACUUCAAGCAUGUUUACGUCCUCCAUGACUUGGACACACCAGGUGCUAAGCGAGUGUUGGAACUGGACCAGUUCGGGGGAGAGAAAGGGAAGCGUUCCUUCAAGGAUCAGAUCGGACACAGCACGGACGGCUCACUGGCCGACGCUCUCUGGGUCUGCUCCAACCUCUUCAGUGACGUCCGCCUCAAACUGAGCCACAAACGCAUCAUGCUGUUCACCAAUAACGACAACCCCCACGCCAAAGACAGCUCCAAAGCACGAAUGGCCCGGACCAAGGCCAGCGACCUCCGAGAGACAGGCAUCAUCCUGGACCUGAUGCAUCUCAGGAAACCCGGUGGGUUCGACACAUCCCUCUUCUACCGUGACAUUGUCAGCGUCACAGAGGAUGAGGACGGCGCCACUCAAGGCAGGGAAUCGGCCAAGUUGGACGAUCUGCUGCGGAAGGUGUGGGCCAGGGACUACAAGAAAAAGGCCACUACCAGGCUGAACCUGAAACUGGGAGAAGGUGUGGAGCUUUCCGUCGGAGUUUACAACCUGAUCCGGAGUACCAGGAAGCCCACGGCGAUCCGCCUUUACCGAGAAACCAACGAGCCGGUCAAAACCAAAACCCGCUGGUUUAACGGGGAGACAGGCAGCUUGCUCCUGCCCAGUGACACCAAAAAGGCCCAGGUUUACGGACGCAGGCAGAUUGUUCUGGAGAAAGAGGAAACAGAGGAGUUGAUGAGGUUUGAUGCUCCAGGCUUGGUCCUCAUUGGUUUCAAGCCACUGUCUCUGUUAAAGAAGCACCAUUACAUCAGAACGUCCCAAUUCAUUUACCCAGAGGAGACAAUGAUAACAGGAAGCAGCACGUUAUUCAGUGCGCUGCUCACCAAGUGCCUGGAGAAGGAUGUGUUCGCUGUUGCUCGGUACAUUCCCCGGAGGAACACCCCACCCCGGUUCGUGGCCCUGGUCCCACAAGGGGAGCAGCUGGACGAUGAGAAGGUGCAGACCAUCCCUCCAGGAUUCCACCUCAUGUUCCUGCCUUACGCUGACGAUAAGAGGAAGGUGGAUUUUACGGAGAAGACGGUGGCCAACGAGGAUCAGAUCGAGAAGAUGAAGCAAGUGGUGCAGAAACUCCGGUUUAAAUACAGGCCCGAGAGCUUUGAGAAUCCAAUCAUUCAGAAGCACUUCCGUAAUCUGGAGGCUUUGGCACUCGACUUAAAGGAGCCAGAAGAAAUGGAAGACUUGACACUGCCAAAGAUUGAUAAGAUAGACGAGAGGAUUGGGCAGCUGGCCGAGGAGUUCAGGGAUCUGGUCUACCCUCCGGACUAUAACCCAGACGCAAAGAGCCAUAUGAAGAGGAAGCUCGGCAGUGCUGCAGGGCGAGCGGAGAAGAAGCCAAAGCUGACGGAGCCCUUGGGGACGGAGGAGAUCAGGCAGCACGUACAGAGCAGGACCCUGGGAAAGCUGACGGUGCCGGUACUCAAGGAGGUCUGUAAGCAGUACGGUCUGAAAGGCGGCGGCAAAAAGCAGGAACUGAUCGAUGCCGUCACCGGUCACUUCACUGAACAUUGACCGAGGCGAGAAGACGGGGAGGUGGGAGCAGGGGACAUGUAUCUGCAGCAGCGACGCUCUCAGGUUGAUUUAGCCGGGUGGGGGCGCGGUUGGUGCAGAGCGUGCCACCUUCGUGACUGAGGCAUCGCAAUCAUGGAGAUGGCACAACCCCCCCUCCCCCAGCUCUUGCAGCGACCUGUAUCCCGGUCCAAAUCCAACAGAACCGAGGCCCUCUCUGGCUCCAGCAAUCCGAACCUUCUCGUCGUCGUAGGAAUAGCACGGGCUUCCCUGCUGAGCUCUCCCGGGCGAGAAAGUUCAAAAUGAUUAAACUAGCCCACACAAGAUAUUUUUGUACCUCCUCAAAUUUUUCACAAGAUCCCUUUUAUAUUUAACGUUGUACCAAAUGCUUAAAACUUACAUUUAGGGACAUGGUGGGAAAUUGCUGAACUUUGUCUCCCUCCCUGUUGUUUAUUUGAAGGGACAAGUGAAAUUGGUCACAUCCAUGCGCUACUGAUUAAUGACCAACUACAACUGCUCAUGCCCAACGCCAUGAACUUUGGCCGCUCUCUUCGAAACUGCUAGUUAAGAUACACUUGUAGUUCUAGUAAACAGAUUUUUAGUGUGGGUUGAGGGAGACACAGACAGACACAGUUCAGUGGAACAGCACAGCCUCAUGUGAAACCUAAACCACGCUUAACAAAACUAUAAGUUAAUCGGAUGAUUUGGAGACCUCACUUUAACUGCCUGCAGGACUAAGACUCUUCUGAUGAGAGGGGGUAAACCUCUGGGUGACUCUCCCCACCUUUAGCAGCAUCGUAACAGGAACACAAAUGAAAAUGCUGGUAAUGCUGAGCAAUUAAGGCAACAUCAAGGUCUCAGAGGUCAGUACCAGGGUCAGCCCAUUCAGUCUGAUCUCAGUGAGAGCAGCCAGGGUUAAUCUGAGGAUAAGAAUUCACUGGGAAAUUGUAACACAAACCACCUCAUAUCCCUCUUAUUCAGCACACAUCCUUUAUUUUGGGUAUCUGUGUUUUUGAUAGGGAGCAUUUUAUUGCCCGUGUUGUUAAGUUUCCAUCUGUUUUUCUUUUGGAAUCUCUACAGUUUUCUCCCACCCUCCCUCGGAGAUCCCCGCAGCUCCCUCAGAGGUUCCCAUAUCUCCCUCAGACAGCCCAGCAGCCCCCUCAGACAGUCCAGCAGCCCCCUCGGAGACCCAGCUAGACCCCAGCAGCUCCCUCAGACACCCCAGCAGCUCCCUCAGAGAACCCAGCAAACAGCCCAGCAGCUCCCUCAGACGUUCCAGCAGCUCCCUCGGAGACCCCGGCAGACGGCCCAGCAGCUCCCUCAGAGACUCCAGCAGCUCCCUCAGACAGCUCCGCAACUCCUCCUCGAGUUAGCCACAGCUCCCUCACACCACCAGCCACAGUGCACCACUGCCACUCCCUUGGAGUUCCAUGAUUGUGCCGUUGUAGUUCUGCAGGACUGGUGCUCACCUCCCAUACACACAGCAAGACAACGCAGCCACCUGAGAUUCUGCUGAAGUACUGGCCUGCUUCCCAAUAUGGAAUCUUCAAUUUUGUUUGUUUUUCUAAAUUAACAUUUCCUUUAAAGCGUUGGUAUUCAGAUGAGGAUCUAAGACUUGAGAAUGUGGACAAAUGAAAGUCAUUCAAUACUGGGGAUGGAUUUUUGUAAAAUAAAAUUAAAUCUAAUUUUGCCUA